AUGUCCCCAGUCUCACCGACUUCGCCAGAGCUGAAUAACAGCUCCGUCCAGAAUCAAACCCAAAACCCUAACGCUGCGCCAGACCCACGGGAUACAGCUGACAAUGCCAGCAUUCCGAAACCGAAGCGCCUCGCUUGUAUUGUAUGUCGGAAAAGAAAACUCAAAUGCGACGGUGGCAAGCCAAGCUGCGGCACCUGUGCCCGACUCGGCCAUUCGUGUGCUUAUGACGAGGUCAGAAGGAAGAGCGGACCAAAGCGGGGAUAUGUGAAAGCUUUGGAAGAGCGGUUAAAACAGGUGGAGACACUUCUCAGCAAGACACAGUCCCAUUCCCCUUCAUUGGGUGGUACUACGGAUCCUACCAGGCCCAUGUCUGUCGCCCUCGACGCUGGCGCGGCGGCAACCCGUGGACAAGCACCCCCUGUGACGUCCGCCCUAGGCGUUACCGGCCCCUCCCUGGCUAUUCCAUGUGACCGUCAUACUGAUCGCUGGCGUUUCAACGGAGAAUCACCACAACCCAAUCCUGCCGUUGACGAGUUUAACUUCGGGUCCAAUAUGUCCAUGGGUAUGGGCAGCGUUGGUGGGAACUUCACGUGGGAAAUGAUCGGUCUUGGCUUGGAGGAGCCCCUCCCGCCGCAGGAGACCAUCGACGAGCUCCAUCAGAUCUACUUCGAGAAGGUCCACCCUUCCCUUCCCAUGAUUCACAAAUACAGAUACCUGGCCGCUAUGAACCUUGCACCAAACCAACGCCCACCCGUUGCACUCAGAUACGCCAUAUGGACAUUGGCGUGCUCCACUACAGAAAAGUACGUUGGUCUGAAGGAUCUCUUCUACCAACGAUCCCGCAAGUACAGUGAAGCAGAUUACAUCAAAGGCUAUGGAGAGCAUAUGAUAUCUGUCGCACACGCGCAAACACACGUCCUCCUGGCCUCUUACGAGUUUAAAAUGAUGUAUUUCCCAAGAGCAUGGAUGAACACGGGCGCAGCUGUGCGUCUGUGCCAAAUGAUUGGUCUCCACCGGCUAGAUGGCGCGGGUCUAGACGUCAAACAGUCUCUUCCGCCACCGCGAGACUGGACUGAGCGCGAAGAGAGGCGGCGCACUUUCUGGAUGGCAUUCUGCGAAGAUCGGUACGCAAGCAUUGGCACAGGCUGGCCUAUGACCAUCGACGAGAAGGACAUCAUGACCAACUUGCCAUCCUCCGACGAAGCAUUCGACAUGAGCAGGCCCGAACAGACUCAGUCCUUGCAGGAUUGCAUGACUCCUGCUGGCGCCAGUAAAUUAUCUUCAUUUGGCGGCAUUGUGCUCAUGGCCUGCCUCUUCGGUCGCAACCUCAUCCACCUCCACCGACCCGACCCCGAUGAUCGAGACAACGACCUCAACGGAGAGUUCUGGAAGCGCCACCGCAGCAUGGAUAACAUCCUUCUCACUACAUCCCUCUGCCUGCCACCGCAUUUGAAGUUACCGGCUGGUCUUGGAAACCCCAACAUUGUAUUCACAAAUAUGAGCAUUCACACGUCUACUAUUUGCCUGCAUCAAGCUGCCAUUUUCAAGGCCGACAAGAACAAGCUCCCGGCCUCAGUUAGUGCCGAAAGCAAAGUCCGGUGCAUCACGGCCGCCAGCGACAUUGCCAGCACAAUGAGAAUGAUAUCUCACAUGGAUCUGUCCUCGAUGAACCCUUUCAUCUCCUUUUGUCUAUACGUCGCCGCGCGAGUGUUUGUCCAAUAUCUCAAGAGCAGUCCAGACGACAGCCAAACAGCUGAUUCUUUACGGUUCCUCCUCUCGGCGAUGAGUGCCCUCAAACGCCGAAAUCCGCUGACGGAAUCAUUUCUGGUCCAGCUGGAUGUGGACUUGGAAGCUUUGGGGGUGAGGAUUCCGAGGCUACGGUCUGCCUUUCCCCGAAGUGGCGAUAGCCCUGAUCUUAGCACGGGCGCCAAACUUUGCGAUGACCCUAACGGCGUUGCCGGAAUUCUUUCCUGCCGCGGCGAAUUCACCAAAGCUACGGAUAACGGUGGCCAGGCGCCCCUUGCCCCUGACAUGAUGGGAACCACGGAUUCUGAGGCGCAGCCGGAGGCCCAGUCAAGGCCAUAUACAGGUCAGAAGUGGACUCCAACAGAUCCAGCUCUGUCCCAUGAGCGAAGUACUGGAACUGGUAGCCUGCCGAUGCAAGGCGUCAUAUUAACCCCUAGGUCAGGAUCAAUUUAUGACAAAGGCCCAGGCGCAUCGAGCAACGGCCAGGCGUCAGGCUUCGGUCAUAGCGAGAGUAGUGGCGAGAAGAACGCCACGUCGCCGGACGGUGAACUGUCGAGGCGGCCGACGCCUAACUCAAGCUCGACAACGGAACAGAGGUCCGGUAAGAUAGCAUCAGCUACAGAAAGUCGGACAGGGAGAGACGCUUUCCCAAACCACAAAGCAUCGACUAUACAGGACGCAAGUAAUAGGUCCAAUGUUCAAGUCCAUGGGCAGUCUUUCUUCGGAGACCCCAGGAGCUUCGGGAUGGGGACGAGUGGGCUUGCUUCGGCACAGAGAUUCACCGUGGGUGAGACACCGGUGCAAGGAUUCGGUAUGGACCCGGGCAGUUGGGAAGGUAUGCCGGGGCAAGGGGGCAUGACGCCCAUGGCCGAAGGGGUUCUGCGAUCACUCAUGAACAUGGGACCCAUGGACGCGAUGGAUUUGUCGUCUUGGAACUCGAGCUCGUGA